GAUGUAUAAGGAAAAAAAUAGAUUGGGAUAAAUUUAUUUUUCGACGCGGAAGCGAAGAAAAAUAUUUAAAAAUUAUGUCAGUGGAAAAAGUGAAGAACCAAAAUAAUACAUUUAAGAAAAAUACAACAAUCAUGAGGGUAGAGUAUGUGUAAGCUGAACACGUGAACUAGGAUUUUAUAAAUAUAUCCACUGAGAGAGUGAGAAGACUACGUAUACUCCAGCUCUCUACAACCCAUCGGGUUUCGUGCACCAAAAAUAAUCAGAACGAAUACGAAUGGCUGUAGCCAAUGUUUUACUGGUGGUCAAAAAGCAAUGACAAUGAUACAUUGUCGAUCAAAAAUACCAGUUAUUUUAAUUAACUUUCAUUAAUUAAGUUAUUAUUAAUAAAAUUAUUGAUGGUAAAAAAAUUAAUUACGUUGUGGUGUUAUUUAUUAUGUAUUAUCUGCUGAGAUACUUUUUUUUACUAAUAAUAGCCGGUGUUUGUCUCGCUCGCAACGCACAUAUCGUCAAUCGGUGGGCAGAAAAUCUCGGUUCUGAAUUAUGGGAACUAGCAAACGCUGUCGCUCGUCCAGAUGAGCUCAAACUCAAAUACAAACUAAUGAAUGCACGUGUUGAGGAUAAAUCCGGAGAGGAACUUAUCGAUAUUAUAAGUGAGAGCGUAGGACGUAUGCUAAGGCGUAAAAUGGAUGCAGUUAGAUGUAUUCUCAAGGUAGCUGAAGAUGCUGCCGAGGAAUACAAUGCUACGGCAGCUGGAUUUAAUAUCACGUAUGUGUCGGGUAAAUACAGCACGAUUGAAGAUGAAGAUCCUCCAGAUAUUCCUAAAAAUAUGAGAAAAAAUGCUUCUAUUUACAGGAGAAUAGAGUUGAAUCCAGACUCUCACUUUUAUAAUAUCCCAGUGAAUACAAAUUUUUCGUCAGUUCACAUCCCUACAAAUGUUUACGACCUUUCACCAACAGUAAAAAAUACAAUAAAAUGGUCAGAAGCUUUGAAUGACGUAUUUCGCCAAAAUUACCGAUCAGAUCCAGCGUUAUCUUGGCAAUACUUCGGAUCGAUGACGGGAAUUCUCCGGCAGUAUCCCGCCAUGCAGUGGAAAACGACUGAAAAUGAUCUUGAAGUGCCAGAUCUUUACGACUGUCGAAUUCGCAGUUGGUACAUUGAAGCGGCUACUUGCAGCAAGGAUAUGAUUAUCCUCGUAGAUGCCAGCGGAAGCAUGGAAGGAAUGGGUUAUACUAUUGCUAGAGCAGUUGUUAAUUCUAUUCUGGAUACUCUUUCAAACAACGACUUUGUCACUAUUCUACAAUACAACAACGAAACAGACCAUGUAGUUCCGUGUUUUGAAGACAAGCUUAUUCAAGCAACGCCAGAAAAUUUAGACACAUUCAGAGAAUAUAUGAAAGACUUGGAUCCUUUGGAGAAUGCUAAUUUGACGGAUGCGUUUACACGUGCAUUUGGAAUUUUGAAGUCGUAUCGUGAGACUCGAGGAUGCGGUCCAGAGACACCUUGUAACCAGCUUAUAAUGCUUGUCACUGACAAUGUUGCUUCAAAUAUAUCCGAGGUUUUUGAUUUGUGGAACCGACAAGAAAAUGGAACACGUAUUCCAGUGCGUGUCUUUACAUAUUUACUGGGAAAAGAGGUCACUAAUGUACGUGAAAUACAAUUGAUGGCAUGUGAAAAUCGCGGAUAUUACACACAUGUCCACACUCAAGAGGAAGCGCAAGAACAAGUACUCAAAUACAUCCCAGUUGUUGCACGACCUUUAGUUCUUCAAAGUUACCAUCAUCCAGUUGUGUGGACUCAUGCUUACACUGACGUUUCGAAUCCAGCACUUGCCUCGUGGCUGUGGCUGGUGAUGGACCACCCGGAGCAAAAGUCACGGCUGCAGAAGUACCUCGAAGGGAAACGUGAAGGCGUGAGAAUAAAUGAAGAUGCCAUCUACAUCAAGCAGCGAGCAAAGGGUGAAGAUCCACGACUGGAUGCGGGACUUUUUAAUUCAACUUUGUGGCAAGAGUAUCGGCUCCUUACGUCAGUAAGUAUCCCAGUUUUUGAUCGAAAAGGAAACCGUAAUAAUGAAACAAAACAAGCAAAUUUACUGGGUGUUGUUGGUACUGAUGUCCCAAUCGAGUCGAUACAAAAGCUAACAUUACCAUUCAAACUUGGCGUUAACGGGUACGCAUUUAUCGUCUCCAAUAAUGGGUACGUAAUAUUACAUCCUGAUUUACGUCCAGUUAGCGAAGGAAGACUGAAGCGCAACUACAAUAGCAUUGAUUUGACGGAAGUUGAGAUACUCGAUGACGGACGGAAGCCUAGGGAUCCAGGAACGGAAAUACUUAAUUUACGUCAAGCUCUAGUGGAUCAUCAGUAUGGCAGUAUGAAAGAUGUUCCUGUUAAAUUUCACUAUGAUGACAAUAGAAGAGUUAUGUUAGAAAAACGGGAUUAUUAUUUUGCACCAUUACCUGGCACGCCGUUUGGUAUUGCCGUUGCGAUUCCUAAUUACGGAAAAACUUGGAUUAAGGUUACUAAUGAGAUUGAAAAAAAUCGUCAAGCAGGAAUUAAUGUUUCUGAUUUUUUUUUAAACGACCGUUGGAGAGUACAUCCAGGCUGGGUUUACUGCAGAUAUCAUUAUCUAGAAGGUCAUGAGUUCCCGAGUCCUGAAGCAGAAGUCCGUUACUUCCUCGGGCGACUCGGUCAGCCAGGUUGGAAAUGGUCUGAUCAGUACACGGCUUAUGAUAUUAGUAUGGAAGAAGAAGAAGAGCCAGACUGCGGAAGACAAGUUUUGGAAGAUGAUGAUUACUACUGCAAUGAAGAACUUAUGCAGUUGCUGGUAUUUGAUGCGAAAGCCACGAAUCAAAGUUACUCUGGAGAUUUCAGGUACAAGGAUGAGGACUCUAAAAGACUUGCGGAACUUUACAAAGUAUUCUUGAGAUUCGUGGCAACGCAGAGUGGCUUAACAAAGUGGCAGUACAUUGAGUCGGAUUAUUUGGAGGAAGUUAGAGAUCCAUUGGAGUUUGGUGAUCUUCAUAGACGCGCUGUCAAUGAACCGUGGUACAAGGGAGCUAUUUUUCAACAUCAAAUCAAUCCGAACAGUAUUUUACUGACAGUACCUUGGAAUGCUGGACCUGAAGCUACAGUAACAGCUUCAAUGGCAAUAUUUCCACGUGACGGAGGCAAAAAUGCAUCGGCAGCUGUCGUUGGUUUUCAAAUGCCCAUGACGGCGUUCUAUCAAAGAUUCAUAGAUAUAACUUCAGUAACAAGUAAUCCCGAUAUGGAUUGUUCGCACGCUUGGAUAGACUGCUACCUAAUCGAUCAAAAUGGGUUCGUUGUCGUAUCAGAAGCACACAACGACACUGGUCAAUUUUUGGGCGCUGUCGAGGGUGCUGUUAUGAAAUCGAUGGUUAUUCAAGGUUUUUACAAAGCCGUUGAAAUUUAUGACUAUCAAGGUUUAUGUAAAACAAUUGCGCUCGAAGGUGCAGCAAGUUUUUUGAGUAAUCCUUUUACCAAUAUUUACAAUCUCAUUACUUGGUUUUUUGUACGUACACUCUGGAUAAUGUCGCAGUUUGUAAAUAUACCCGAGACAUUUGCAAGGGUGCAUUCGGACGAAGACCUACCGGAGAAACCAAAGCCACCGCAUGAAAUAGAAGUACCAUUUUCGUGUGAUUUAAAAAGAACUCUGUAUAUUAUGAAUCAAACGUUGGCUGUGAAUCAGAUAACUAAUAAACCAGAACAGUGUUCACGCCCGUUUUUCGCUCAAUUAGUACCUAAUACAAAUCUUCUUCUCGUAGUCGUCGACACAUUGUAUCCCACGUGUUACGAGCGCUUAGAAGUACUGCCCGUUCAAGUAGACCCUAGUGAAUAUACAAAUGACACUGAACCAGAACCAUGUCACAAGAAAAAAUUAAAUGAUUUGCCUCGAAGACGUCUUGAGAAAUGUUUUACCGAGCACCCAGAGGAAGAUGAAAUAGACCAAUGUGGACGAGGAACAAGACUGCAUAAUUCAAUUCAUAUUAAUAUAUUAUUAUUAUUUAUUCUAGUCACUCUUAAAAUUAUUUUGUAAGCCCUUGCGAGUGGUAAAUUUUAUUCAAACUAAAUUUAAAAAAGUAUUUUUACUUAAAAUUAUAUUGACCUCAGUUGAAAUUUAAUUUUAUAAUUAAUUAUUAAGUGUAAGCUUUUUAUGUUGAUCCGAUCAUCUGCGCUGUCCCCUGCGUAACAUUUGUUGUAUCAGCUGUGCUCUU